AUGGUAUUUAAAAGCGACGUCUCUCUUAAUGUCUCCAAGUUCCAGCCCAGCGCGAUUCCUCCAGCCAGCCAUGCAGUCAACCAACACAUAAUGAGCAUGGCGGAUGGCAAGCCGAGAUGGUGGGAGGUCGGCGCACAAACAUUCCGUGAAAUGAGAGCUAGGGGCGAGACUGCAAUGCCCCCGUCAGCUCUGUUAGAUUGCGCUCAGUCAUUCUCAAUUCCUUCUCGCGAACCCGGACGAAAUAUUCCAUGCAGAAUAAUUAAACCGGAGGGCAGCUCUGCGCCGUCAGGAGUAUUCUUGCAUAUUCACGGCGGUGGGUGGGUUUUGAUGGACGAGGAAUCCCAAGAUGCCCUGCUGAAGCAUUAUACGGAUGCUGCCAACCUCGUCUCUAUAUCAGUGGGCUACCGCCUUGCACCCGAACACCCCUACCCUGCCGGGCCGGAAGACUGCUACGAUGUUGCGGAGUGGCUCGUAGAGAAUGCUGAAAAAGAAUUUGGCGCGCCUCUGAAGUUUAUGGGCGGAGAGUCUGCUGGAGGCCAUCUGUCAGCGUUGACGGCAUUACACCUCCUUUCUCAUGAAAACCCGAAAUACUCUGAUUUCAAAUUCAAAGGCUUGCUCCUCCAUUUUGGUGUAUUCGACCUCUCAUCCACACCGACAACAUAUACUUUCAAGCGUAGCCCAGCACUCGUUAUCGACCGCGAAUCCAUGACCCAUUCUACCAACGCGUUCCUUCAGAGUCCCGCUUCCGAUCCCAAAGACCCUAAGAUUUCUCCAUUAUAUUUCGAUUUUCUAUCCCUUACCGCCUCGGGAAAUUCACUCCCUCCUGCAGUAUUCACCUGCGGAACUGAAGAUGUCCUUCUUGACGAUACUAUUUUCAUGAGUGCAAAAUGGCAGAUGGCUGGUGGCGAAGCAAUAGUGAAAAUUGUGCCCGGUGCACCACAUGGAUACAUUAUGUGCCCACCGGGAUUAGUGCCGGGAACUGAAGAGAUAUUGGAAUUUUUAGAGAAGUUUUUGAAGGAGAAAGUUUAG